AUGAGCGACGAGCCCGACAGGGUUGCCAAACUCGGAGUCGUUGACCUGGCAGCUUUACGCUCACACGAGUCGACCGAGUUAGAGAAAUUGCUCAACGCAGCUCGUUCGACGGGUUUCUUUUACCUGAAUCUCCAGCACGAUUUGAUUGGAGGGCAGAUAUCUGCGAUGUUGCCGGGCAUUUACCGGAUUUCGGAGGACUUCUUUCACCAGCCAAGCGAGGAAAAAAUGAAGUUCUACAGAGCUUCGCAGAAUCCAUCGCAAGAUCGCGGCUAUAAACGGAGCACUUGUGACGAGACACUUGAGAUGGCUUAUGACGAAGUCCUUCAACAGACUUGUCCGCUCCCCCCCGUGAUGCAAGAAGAAAUUGAGCUGGUUGAUCGUUUCUCAAAACUUUGCCACUCUACUUGUCUCACUGUGUUGUCAUCUUUCUCCGAUGCUCUUGGACUGCUCGGCGACCAAAGAUUUGAGUCAAAACACCGUGAGGGAGAAGCCAGCGACUCAGGCUUGAAGCUCAUAUCAGAACCAACCUUGGACAAACUUAGCCAAGUCGGAGACAAUCUACACACUGACAGUGGCACGCUGACAAUGCUGUUCUACAAUCAAUGGGGUUUGGAAGUUGAGCAGCCCGAUGGCCCUGCAUGGGCCUUCACAGCUCCCGUGCCAGAAUACGCUCUUUUCAACGUUGCAGACUCUCUGCAACGCUUGUCUGGGUUGAAGUUUCAUUCACCGAAACAUCGUGUGACUCAAACAGGAGAUGGAGCGGGUGAGCGGUACUAUAUUUCAUACUUCCUCAGGCCCGAGCAUGCUUUGCGAGAUAUGUGGAUACAAUAG